GAGCAUAAAACGAUAAUAAUGCAGGCCACUGCCGGAUCUUGCCCCCACCGGUCGCCAUCGCAAUCUCCAUCUCUCACCCACAUAUCACCUUUUGCUUACCUGCAAGAAACACGGGUACGGCCUCUUCUUGGCCACCCUAAACCAACAAUCUAAUUAAUUAAUUAAUCACCCAAUGAUGUCGCUCAUGGGAAGAACCAGGUGCCCAGUUAGCUGAACGAACAUUGCCGAGCUCCUCUAUAUAAGCACCCAACCCCUCUUCACCUUUUGCCACCAAUUAAGCCACCCAAUCUUACGAGGACAAUCCGCAAGUUGCAGUUGUCCUAUUGUGAUUGUGCUGCAUCGCCACGCAGAUGGACAUCCAGGUGCUGAGUCAAGCUCAAGAGAGGGGCAGCGACCGCUCGAUGGAGGAGUACCUUCUCAUGCAGCUGAUGGAGGAGGACUCGCCGGCGCCGCCCCUUGACGACGACGUCGACCGCCUGAGUCACGUCAUGCGGUCGCUCGAGGCCGAGAUCAUGAGAGGUGCCGCCGCGACGGGACCCAAGGACGGCGAGGGUUUGACCGGACCACCGGGCGAUGAUAGCUGUAUGAUCGAAGAAAUGCUGAUGGUCGACCUCGAUGGCUACGGCGGGGAGCCGAUGGGGUACUGGCCGGAGGUGCCGCCGGUGGGGGGAUGGUAUUUGUACACGGAGGGGGGAGAAGUUACCAUCCUAGGGUACGAGGUAAGAGAUCAGCAGUACUACUGUGUAGAUCAGGGCUGUGUUGAGCAAGUGUACAGCCCGUUGUGGGAAUGAGAAUCAAGAAACUUAAGACACGGAGUGUCUUGGUGUGUAGAACUAGUUUUUCUCUUCUUUUUUGCCACCAAAUGCACAGAAAAAGUUCGAUCACUUGAGAAAAAACUGAGCAUUCUCCGAGGCUACUGAAUGAAAUUGCUAAUACA